UUCAAUAGUUUGCUGAAGCUCCACUGGCAUGUUUUCAUUGAUGCAACCCUACAAGCAGCAAAGGCCUUUUCUGCUUACACUCAUUCAAGCUGACAACUAAUCCAGGAUGGACCAUGGAGACCGAGGAAUGGGUGUCUCUCACCUCCGCUAUGGGGAGCAGGAGGACCAUCAGUCCAUCUACAUUGGUGUCCCAGUGUCUCGAGGAUACCGACGCAAACGCAGGCGAAGGCGCUCCAGUCGUGAGGCUGCUGACAUGGACAGGGACAGACACUACAACCACCACAGACACCAAGAGCACGACAACUACAGAGACAUAGACAUAGAAGAAGGACUUAUGGAUUCAAAUGAGCAGAGCCUCCAAGACAUCAACCGCACAAUGUCUCCAGCGGCGGAGCGGCUACGUUACAUCCUGAGUGAAGAUGAUGACAUGCCCACGCCGACGCUCUUCACUGAGAUGGACACUCUGCAGCGGGAAGGAGACGAGCUGGAGUGGAAGGAGUCUGCCAGGUGGGUGAAGUUCGAAGAGAAGGUGGAAGAGGGAGGAGAAAGAUGGAGUAAACCACACGUGUCCACGCUGUCCCUGCAUAGUCUUUUUGAGCUCAGGACGUGUCUCCAGACAGGAACGGUGUUGCUGGACCUGGAAGGCUACUCACUGCCUCAGAUAAUCGAUGACAUCAUUGAGAGACAGAUAGAGGAAGGCAUGAUAUCUCCUGAGCUAAGAGAGAAGAUCAGUUUCGUCCUGCUGAGGAAACAUCGACACCAGACCAAGAAGCCAAUCCACCGCUCGCUGGCCGACAUCGGCAAGUCCAGCUCUUCUACCAGUCGUAAUGCAGGGUCCCGAGGUGCUGCGGGUCCAGGGCCGGGUAUGGGGCCGAUGACCAACUUCAACCGAUCCACAGAGGACCUCCGAGUGAAACAGCAGUCUGCCAGUUAUGGUCGCCUGCGUCACGCCCAGAGUCGGAGUAUGAAUGAUAUUGCAGAUACUCCCAGCACAGACCAGCUGAAAAAUAAAUUCAUGAAGAAAAUCCCCAGAGAUGCAGAGGCAUCAAACGUCUUGGUGGGCGAAGUGGAUUUCCUUAACAAACCCUUCGUAGCCUUUGUCCGCCUGGCUCAGGCUACAACACUAGGAGGUCUUACUGAGGUCCCUGUCCCCACCAGAUUCCUGUUUAUUCUCUUGGGACCCCAAGGAAAGGCCAGGUCCUACAAUGAGAUCGGUCGAGCCAUAGCAACCCUAAUGGUGGAUGAUCUUUUCAGUGAUGUAGCCUACAAGGCCAGAGAUCGUGAGGACCUCAUCGCGGGCAUAGAUGAGUUUUUGGAUGAGGUCAUUGUGCUGCCACCUGGAGAAUGGGAUCCCAAAAUCCGCAUUGAACCGCCCAAGAAAGUCACCUCAGCUGACAAAAGGAAGUCAGUGUUUUCCUUAAAUGAGCUGGGACAGAUGAACGGUACAGCUGGAGGAGGAGGAGGCCUGGCUGAGGACGAGGAGAUGCCAGCACAACAUGAGCUCGGAGAGGAGCUGGCAUUCACUGGACGCUUUUGUGGCGGUCUUUACCUGGACAUAAAGCGAAAACUGCCAUGGCUGCCAAGUGAUUUCUAUGAGGGUUUCCACAUUCAGUCCAUCUCUGCAGUGCUCUUCAUCUACUUGGGCUGCAUCACCAACGCCAUCACCUUCGGUGGACUACUGGGAGACGCUACCGACAACUACCAGGGUGUGAUGGAGAGUUUCCUGGGUACAGCUCUUGCUGGCUCUGUCUUCUGUUUCUUCAGCGGUCAGCCCCUCAUCAUCCUCAGCUCCACUGGACCCAUCCUCAUCUUUGAAAAGCUCCUGUUUGAAUUCAGCAAAAACAACGGCAUAGAUUACUUGGAGCUGCGUCUGUGGAUCGGCAUGCACUCCUGCCUGCAGUGUUUCAUCCUGGUAGCUACGGAUGCCAGUUACAUCAUUAAAUACAUGACACGCUUCACAGAGGAGGGCUUCUCCAGCCUCAUCUCCUUCAUCUUUAUCUCUGACGCCAUCAAGAAGAUGGUGGGCUCCUUCAAGUAUUACCCCAUCAACACCGACUUUAAGCCCGACUACGUCACCACCUACAAGUGCGAAUGCUUGGCCCCAGAUCCGAUUCCAAUGCCAGAUAACAGCUCUAGUGUCUCUGGGUUAAAUGUGACAGGUCUGGACUGGAGUCAGCUGAGCAAGAAGGAGUGUAUCAAGUAUGGAGGCUCUUUGGUGGGCAAGUCCUGCAAGUUUGUCCCCGAUCUGGCCCUCAUGUCCUUCAUCCUCUUCUUUGGCACCUAUUCCAUGACCGUCUCCCUCAAGAAGUUCAAGUUCAGCCGCUAUUUCCCCACCAAGUUGAGGAAACUCAUCAGUGACUUCUCUAUCUUCAUGUCCAUCAUGACGUUCGUGGGGCUCGACAUGUUGAUGGGACUCAAAACUCCCAAGCUAAUUGUCCCCACAGAAUUUAAGCCAACUCGGCCAGAUCGUGGGUGGCUGGUGAUGCCAUUUGGUAAGAACCCAUGGUGGGUUUAUGUGGCCAGCUUUGUCCCUGCCCUCCUCGUCACUAUCCUCAUCUUCAUGGACCAGCAGAUCAGCGCCGUCAUUGUUAACCGCAAGGAGAACAAACUCAAGAAAGGCUGUGGCUAUCACCUGGAUCUGUUCUGGGUGGGUGUCCUGAUGGCUGCCUGCUCCUUCAUGGGCCUGCCCUGGUAUGUCGCAGCCACCGUCAUCUCCAUCGCCCACAUCGAUUCCCUCAAGAUGGAGAGUGCGUCGAGCGCUCCUGGAGAGCAGCCUCAGUUCCUCGGGGUCAGAGAACAAAGAAUGACAGGCAUUCUGGUGUUUGCCCUCACUGGAGUCUCCAUCUUCCUCGCUCCAAUACUUAAGUUCAUCCCCAUGCCUGUGCUGUACGGUGUCUUCCUCUACAUGGGCGUAGCUUCCCUCAGUGGAAUCCAGUUCUGGGACAGGAUUAAGCUGUACAUGAUGCCAUCUAAGCACCAGCCCGAUUUCUCCUACCUUCGUCAUGUUCCUCUGAGGAGGGUACACUUGUUCACACUGAUCCAGAUCGCAUGUCUGGCUGUGCUCUGGACCCUCAAAUCCACCUUCUUGGCCAUCAUCUUCCCCGUUAUGAUCCUGGGUCUGAUGGUCGUCCGAAAAAUGCUGGACAUGGUCUUCUCCCAGCACGACCUGGCCUGGCUGGACGACCUUCUUCCUGAGAAAGAGAAAAAGAAGAAAGAUGAUGAUAAGAAGAAGGGGAAGGAGAAGGAGAAGAAGAAGCCCAAACAAGACGACAGCGAGGAGGAGGACAAAUGCCACUCCUACUCCAACCACUCACCCAGCCCAGAGUCCGACUUGGAUCGCAGCAUCACCCUCCACCUGAAGAUCUCCUGCCCGUCGUCUCCGGCCAUGCCUAUGGGCCGAGGGAUGGCCUGCCCCGUGCCCCAGGUCAAGAUUGAGAUGGAGUCAGACUACGACUCGGACAUCGACCACCACCGCCCUCGAGACAUGAGCAGUGAGACCACAUUAUAAAGCUGAGACUCCUGUCGACAGAGCAACGCACAACAUAGUGUGGGCAAACUACUCGAUGCAGCCAGUGCUGACCCACGGACAGUACAAGGUGGCACAGACUGACGGCUGUGAGCACACUGACACCUGAACAGAAUGGCU